AUGGCGGAUAAAAGAGUGGAAUGGCGCAAGGAAGGAACUGCCAAGCAAUACGACUUUACAAAGGUUAAGAAGAAAAAUAAGAAAAUGAUCAGAAAAGCAACUCGAACGAUUAAAGAUAUCGCUACUUUAACUUCGUCUAAACCUUCGUCUUCACGAUCUUUUAAUGACACAGAAUCUCCAGGUGUGAAUUAUGUUGAAGUCAAUGACGAACAUGAAGUGCAAUCACAAAUUGUAAGUAUCCAGUUAAACUGUAAGUAUAUCUCUCGGUCUAUUAAAAUUCAGUACUAUUAAAUACUAUUAAUUCGCACAAUUUUGUAAUACUUUAAUUUUUCUAGUAUUUGCUGAGAAUUCCUGGUAUAAAAAUGCAUGUAAACAAUAUGUUUUCCAUAUGUGUGAAUAUAUGAAACGAAGUGACUAUAUGACCGGCAGCCGGUCACGGUUUAUCAAAUACUAAAUGGCCGGCAGUCUAGUGACUAUUGUUAAAGUUGAAUUUUUAUAAGAUAAACAUAUCCCCAACCCCAAACCCUUUUCUAACCCUAACCCCUAACCCUAACCUUUUGAGAGUUAGAAAAGUCGGAAAAAAGGUUAAAAAAAUUUAAGAAAAAACAAUGCUAAGUCAGACAAAACACAUCCCGACCCCGACUGCGUUUAACUUUUCCGCACGCAGCGCCCUUGCCGUAUGAGCUAACGGCAAGCUCGGUAAAAGCUAACGCAAACAAAAGUUUUUAUAUUCAACUAUAGUCACUAGACUGCCGGCCAUUUAGUAUUUGAUAAACCGUGACCGGCUGCCGGUCAUAUAGUCACUUUGUAUAUGAAAACCCAGUAGCUAUCUGCUGUGUAUUUACUAUUUACCCUCUAAAUUGUAAAUAGUAUUUGACAAAGAUGCUUUCUGCCUGUGAGAAUCCCUUUGGGUCUUUCACCAAUGUUUUGGGGAAAUAUGCAACAUUUCUUGACCCGAAAAUAUGGAACAGUUUUUUGAUCUAUUAAAAGAUCUUUUCUGACAAACAUCAGAAUGUCAUGAUUUUUUGAUAUUCUAGUAUUUAUUUCAGCAAGUAAUAUGGUAACAGUACCAUUAUUAGAUACACAAUAAAGGUGUGCAAAUCCGAUCCGAAUCCGAUCGGAUUCGUUCCCAUUUCAGAACCAUUAAAAUAUUUAUUUCGGAUUGGAUUGAUAAAGUUGUUUCAUAGUCGGAUCGGAUCGGAGUUCGAUAUCCGAAAUAAAAUGAAUUAAUUAUCCACACAUUAUCGUAAGAAUUAAUUAUCCAUGCAUUUAUUAAAGCAUUAUUGCGGGUUGUCGCUGCAUUAUUUGUUUGAUACUUCAAUUGGACGUCACUUUGUCAGCUUCUUGACAUGUAUUUUGUGCUUUUAUAUUUAUUUGGUUAAAUAUUUCAACUUGAAUGAGAAAUUUAUUUUAUUAAAGAAUUCUUCGGAUGGGAUUGGAAUUCUUUAUAUUGAAUCGCAAAAUUGAACUGAUACCAAUAUUUCCAUUUUAGUACCGAUACCUAUACACCGAUAUGGAUAUUGGUGCAUCCCUACACAAUACUCAUUGUCUUGCUAAUGACAAACUGGAAGUAGAAUUGUUUUGCAUACAGUUUAUACAAACUGGAAGCAGAAUUGGUUUGCAUACAGUUUGUACAAACUGGAAGCAGAAUUGUUUUGCAUACAGUUUGUACAAACUGGAAGUAGAAUUGUUUUGCAUACAGUUUAUACAAACUGGAAGUAGAAUUGUUUUGCAUACAGUUUAUACAAACUGGAAGCAGAAUUGUUUUGCAUGCAGUUUGUACAAACUGGCAGUAGCAUUGUUUUGCAUACAGUUUGUACAAACUGGCAGUAGAAUUGUUUUGCAUACAGUUUGUACAAACUGGAAGUCGAAGUAUAAUGCAUGAGUCAAUUCCAGGAGUAACCCCCCCCCCGGGAACACACCCGAGAAUUUGAUUUGAUUGGUUACGAUAGUGCAAGUGCCCGAGUGCAGGGACACAACUAGGAGACUAAUGCAUGGCACCCCGUGGACAAUUUUAAGCGUUAUUAAAUUAAACUUUUAAUGGCAUAUCUUAGGCAUAGUCAUUUAAUAACAUUAUACUAUUAAACUGCUAUAGAAUAUUAUAAAACUUCAAUCUUGCUAAGAGUGGUUAAAAGGAUUUAAACAACAAAAUCAUAAACCUUUAAUAGUUGUAUUUAAAUUUGCAUGACACAUCGCAAAAGUGAAAUCAUUUAUCAAAUCCCCGGGGUCUCAGCCACUAUAACAAUACCCGGCCAACGUAUAUGACAAGCAAAUUCCUGACCCCUGUGAAAUGUCUAUCACGCAAAUUCCCGGGGGUGUUCCGGGGGGAGGGAUGGUUACGCCAGAAAUUGACUCAUGCAUAACACUUGAAAGGUUAUCAAAAAAUUAACAACAUGUCUACUGUUUAAUUAAACACUUCCUAAGAUAAAAUUCUGAAAGGGGAUAGGGGUUAACUUAACUUAACCAAUUUUCUCUGUGAGGAAGGUACAUUAUGUAUGUUUUCAGGAAUUAUCCGGUGCAUUGUUGUUAAUAAAAACUUGAUCUACAAUCUUUGUUCAGCUAGGAAAUGAUGUGAUUGUUCUGUAUAUCUUCACCUAAUCAGUCUUUUCGGGCAAUACCUCCUGGUUGCUCUUUGGCCAUUUUUAAGAUCAAAAUAUUCUCAACUGACCUUCACUCAAACUUAAAAUAACAGCAAGAUUACCAAGACACACCAAGACUGAUGACAUGUUGGAAAAUCAUGGAUAAUCGUCUGGCAUUAGACAGUAAAAUAAUAAAGUAGGGCACAAUGCGACUCAAUGGGUUAACCCAUUAAGAUCCAUUGCAGCCUGAUGCAGCCCUAUUUUACUAUUUUAUUCUGUUUUAUGCCAGAUGAUUUUGCUUCUGAAGAAGAGAGUGCUGAGCACUGCUAAAUGGGUUAAUCAGACUAUUUUAUUGUUUUGCUCUGUCUAAUGCAGAUGAUAAUACUGUAGUAUAAGGAGAGUGCAUGCACUCAACAAACUUGGAUAUAUUUCAGGGAAAUGUGCAAUCAAUGGAUGUGAUAGUACAAGGAUCAGUCGAAGUUAAUGAUGGACAUUCAUAUUGUAUGGAACUUGUUUCACAGGAUGGGAUAAGAACAUUAACUGUCACCUGUUUUCUUCUCCAGGAUUACUCAAUAAAUAACACAAUGUUGCAGGUAUUACAGCAUAUUUAAAUUUUGAGAAAUGUGUUGAAUUAAUUUUUAAUCACCUAACUGCUGGUGUAUAUGUGUGGCUAUAGCAAUGAUAUACAGUAUCAUGUGUUGUUGCAUCAAAAUACUCUAAAAUUGGACUAUAGGCUGUUGUUGAUUACUUUAUCGAUAAAUAGUCUGUGGUACAUGUAUUUUGAAAUCUCAUUUAUUUGAUCAAUAUUGAAUUUUUAAAAAAUGUUCGACAUACAUAUGUCUAACAGCUGUAUUGAAGGUACAGGUAGAUAUCUUUAUUCAAUUCUAGGAGUCAUUUCAAUCAGCACAAAUAUUUGGAAUUUUAAAUAACUAG